GACUUUGAACGUUAACCACGACGACCGACGACUAACUUUGAACCUUCUUUACGGUCAUCAGCCUCUCAUUUCGCAGGUCGAUUAUCUCGCUCUUUUCCUGUGCCAGUCUUUAUUUUUCCCCCUCAAUGCCUCCGCUAUACCGCAGCGAGCCUUCAUAUCCACAUCCCAAUUCCUCACCUCAGUAUAAUCACGACGAUGAGGACUUCAAGCCACCUUUCGACGAUCUCAUUGGCGAAUACAGCCAACCAUAUGCUACACAUCCUCGUCAUCAAACAUACACAGUCCAACCCAUGAAUUUCGGUUCAGAUGAACACCAACCAGCCCCUUCACAACCCCUAGCUUCGAAACCUCCAUUAUUCACCAAAAACACCAGUGCGAGCUCGCAAGAUCUGAACACCGUUGGUUAUCCUCCUGCAUCAUGGCCUAAGCCUGCCGAUAAUCGGUCGUUCUGGCGAAGAAUACUACCUGAAUCAAUGGCGUGUAGGCUGUACCUUUUAACCGUUCUCAUUGAAACAACAAUAGAUCUUGCAAUAGAGGGUGAGUUAAUUGUCCGUGUCAGAGAAGGGGGAGGAGAUGAGAAAAGAAUGCCGGUUUACCUUGGUAUCUUCGUGUUGGCGCACGUAUUUCAAUUCGCGAUGGCGGUUGACGCCGUUCGCGAGCGGAACACACUACAAUUUAUCUCCCUUGCAAUAUUUAACGCUCUUUUUCUUGUCUAUGCCAUUAUCCAAAUAUCUGAAGUCCGUGAAGCCGUCAUCGCGAAACAAGGAAUAACAAACAUUCCAAUCAAUGUGUUGACGACAAUCAUUCCCAUCGUAAUAGCGGUCUCGGAGCUGGCAUACAUAGCCUUAGGAUGGAAGAUAUACGACGAGUUUGGUUGGAAGGUUUACAAGUUCCUGGGUGCUGACAGGAGAAUCAAGAGGAUGUACGCCAACUACCAGAUCUAUGAAUGCCUCGUCAAGUUCGAUGUCUUCUUCUGGGUGGGAUUUUCGGUUCAGUUUAUAUGGCUGGUCCUCAACAGGGAUGAUUGGGAGUUCUACGUGACCUGUGCUGCACUACCUUUGUCCGUCAUCUUAUUGGCGGAAGGACAUUUAGCGGCUCGAUAUGAACACAAGUGGAUGAUGGCCACCUUCUUGUCCGGUUGUGUUGGUGCUAUGAUAUACUUCCUCUACAAGCUCAUCAAGGUCCUGAUGUUCAAAGAUCAGCCACAGUUUCUACCUAUCUGGAAGACUUUAACAGUAUUCUCUGUCAUCGCCAUCCUCCUCCUUUUCGCUACUUUCAUCUUCUCGGUCCUCGUGAUGAGAAAGUUUGGGCGAGGUUUGAAAACAGCCCUCGCUCGCAAGAAGGAGCAUCAGCGAUUCGAUUCGAGGCCAAUGAAUGGCUUACCCGCAAGCAUGAAUCCCAAUCGCAUGAGCAUCGACUGAAUGCGAUCUUUUUCAUUCAAACAUGACAAAAUGUAUCGAUAAUUUCAGCCGGGGCUGUACAUAGGCAGAGACAUGGACAUCGAUCACUAUAACAUUCUAUUCGUUCCCAAACUUCCUCUCUUUGCAGCGCAUCUUACUUCAUCCCCGCCUAAUCAGCUCUUCAAUUCUUGACUUUCACCCUUUCUUUUGUGUUCGAGUUCAUACAUCUGUGGAUCCGGGUGUACUUUAUUGUCUAUACGAUCUGCCCUCAAGUGCCAUUUGUAUUCAUAGAGAUCCGCAUUGCUUUGCAGCCCUUCUUGUUUUGAGUGUCACCUUAAAUCUAAUCAAUGUAUGUAAGCGCUAGUAGCGUUUACCAAGUAGAAUGGUCUAUCAUGAUUCUUUAUGGUGGUCAUUGACCAUAAUAGGC